AUGGCUUCAAUGUUAAAAACUUCAGUUGUAACUUCUUGCUCUUUAACAUCUUCAAAGAGAGUUAUUAAUGCAGCUAUCCAUCUUCCCAAACUCCCAAAUAUUUCAUUGCCACCAACAAAGAUUCAAACCAGCAGAAAACAACUACUUGAUCAUCAACAGUUAAUACUAGAAAAAUACAACAAUAACAAAAACAACACACAGAUAUUACAUGAUCAACAACAAGAGAAUUCUACAAAUUCUAAAGUCAUAGUUCAACUUUAUGCUGUCUUAGAAGCUGUAUCCGACAGAGUUGAAAUGCAUCAAAACAUUGGUGAACAACGUAACAACUGGAACAACCUUCUAUUAAACUCAAUCAACAUGAUUACUCUAACUGCUACAACCAUGUCUGGUGUUGCUGCUGUCACAAGUGGGGAAGGUGCACCACUUUUGGCUCUGAAGUUAUCUUCUGCUCUUUUAUUCUCAGCUGCAACUGGAUUAUUACUUAUCAUGAACAAAAUCCAACCCUCUCAACUCACUGAGGAACAAAGAAAUGCUACAAGACUGUUCAAACAACUUCAGACACAAAUCCAAACUACAAUUGCUAUUGGAAAUCCCACUGAGGAUGAUGUGAAGGGUGCAAUGGAGAAGGUUUUGGCUCUUGACAAAGCCUAUCCACUUCCCUUAUUAGGAGCAAUGCUUGAAAAGUUUCCUGCAAAGUAUGAACCUGCAGUUUGGUGGCCUUCCAAAAAAGGAAAAACUCAAAGCAAGAAAAUGGGUAAAAUGGAUAAUGGAUGGAGUGAAGAAUUAGAAAUGGAAAUGAGGGAGGUUGUUGAAGUGAUAAAGAGAAAAGAUGCUGAAGAUUAUGACAGACUCGGAAACAUAGCAUUGAAGAUAAACAAGAGUUUGGCAAUUGCAGGGCCAUUGCUCACGGGAAUGGCAGCUAUUGGAUCUUCAUUCAUAGGAAAUGGAAGUUCUUUGGCUGCUUUUGUACCUCUUUUGGCUGGUUCAUUGGCUGCUGCAGUUAAUACUUUUGAGCAUGGUGGACAAGUUGGGAUGGUUUUUGAAAUGUACAGAACUUCUGGUGGCUUCUUUAAGAUGUUAGAAACCUCUAUUGAAUCAACACUGGGAGAGAAAGAUGUAGAGAAAAGAGAAAAUGGAGAGUUGUUUGAAAUGAAGAUGGCUUUGCAGUUGGGAAGAAGUAUAUCAAAUCUGAGAGAACUUGCAUCAAAAUCAGCUACUGUGGGAACUAGACGACGAGACGACAUGAUUGCUUAUAGACGACUUGACAGAGCUGUAGAGAGCUCUCGUCGGGUAGGGGCAGAUGAUGGGAAAGAUUCGCAACUCCGGACGGGUAGAGAGGAUAUAGAGACUCGAGUUGAGGCUCAAGUUGACACUGAGGUGGAGGCUCAAACUGAGUUAGAGGUGACGAAGGCACACACUAAGGUGGAGACUCAAGCUGACACUGAGAUGGAGACCCAUGUUGACAAUGAGACGACGACUCAGGUUGGUGAGGAUGUGAAGGCUCAAGCUGAGACGGGAGUGACUGCUCUGGCUAAUAUAGAGUCGAUUGUACAAAUAUAUGGGGGCUUCCCUAGAGAGUGUAGUGAUAAUUCCUUCCUCCGCAUAUAUCAAUCAUGUGGCAUUUAG